UGGCGGUGCCGUGUCAUGGAGGCUCAGUCUCGCAGCAGCCAUUGAAGAGGAAGGAACUGUGGGCGCGCGCGUGUCUCUGUGUGUGAAUGUGUGUGCGUGCCCGUGUGUGCGCGCGCGGGUGUGUGGACUAGAAGGUGGGGGCAGCCGAGUUCGUCCCAAGUCGUCGGACUCCAUUUGCUAUUCUUUUCUUUCUCCCCCACACCCGGGUGGUAGUGGGCGUCCGUCUUUGCGUCUCUUUUCAUUCAUCUCCAGACCUUUAGAGGUUUUUUAGGGUUGGGGGCAGUGGGGCGGGCGCGCGAGGGGAAAGGAGGAGGACAUGGAGAUGAAGAAGAAGAUUAACCUGGAGUUGAAGAACAGAGCCCCGGAGGAGGUGACAGAGUUAGUCCUUGAUAAUUGCUUGUGUGUCAACGGGGAGAUCGAAGGCCUCAAUGACACCUUUAAAGAACUGGAGUUUCUUAGUAUGGCCAACGUGGAAUUGAGUUCCUUGGCCCGGCUUCCCAGCUUGAAUAAACUUCGGAAGUUGGAACUCAGCGACAAUAUAAUAUCUGGAGGCUUGGAAGUCCUGGCAGAGAAAUGUCCAAAUCUUACCUACCUCAAUCUGAGCGGAAACAAAAUCAAAGAUCUCAGUACAGUAGAAGCUCUGCAAAAUCUUAAGAAUUUGAAAAGUCUUGACUUGUUUAACUGUGAGAUCACAAACCUGGAGGACUACCGAGAAAGCAUUUUCGAGCUGCUGCAGCAGAUCACCUACUUAGAUGGAUUUGACCAGGAGGACAACGAGGCCCCCGACUCGGAAGAGGAGGAUGAGGAGGAUGGAGAUGAAGAUGAGGAAGAUGAGGAGGAAGAUGAAGCUGGUCCACCUGAAGGAUAUGAAGAGGAGGAGGAAGAGGAGGAUGAAGAUGAGGAUGAAGCAGGUUCAGAAGCUGGAGAGGGAGAAGAGGAGGUGGGCCUCUCAUACUUAAUGAAAGAAGAAAUUCAGGUGAUUGGAAACUUGGUGUUUGCACUGAUGAUGGUUUGGGGACAGGCAGAGGGCUGAAGGGUGAGUCGUGAG